AUGAGUCGCAGUUUUGACUCUUACUUUGGACCACCAUCGCAACCUAUCAAUGUCGCAGAGUUUUUACAGCAAGCAAACUCUGCACUCCUAUCAGGAUCAUUUACCAAUGCCGCAUGGGAGCAGUUAACUCCCGAGCAUAGAAAUGCCGUCGAAGCAGAGAUUAACGAAAGCAUUUCAGACCUCAAGUCAUCUCUUGAUCAAGUAUGGGACAACCCUGUAUUAUCAGCGCACGUACUGCGCCAGCACGAGUCUACAAUAGCGUCUGUGCGCGGCCAAGCAGACGCACCGGCACCAAAAGGAAGAAAGCGCAAACGCGAUAUCGCUCCAGAAGGUAGCGAAUCUACCCCAGAAGUACUACAGCUCCAAGAGAAGCUUGACGCUGUCAACCUCAGAUGUUGGGGAUUAACCGUGGAGUCAGCGCUUUGUAUGCGUUCUGCUAAAAAUUCUGACUACAAUGCGCUCGACGCACCCAAGAAGAUGGAACAGGCCCCCGAUGCAAAUUCACAUCCAAACGCUGUCAUCUCGCUUACAGUUUACAAUCGCAUUACUUAUCUUCCAAGCUGCCUGACGCGCUCCUCACAACACGCCGUACUGUCAACCCAAACAUUGGCUGACCUACUACGCGUCUUGCCAUGCGCCUCCAGUAAUAUGCCAACAGAAGAGCUAGAUGCCGAGGGAGAUGUAUCAAGCUAUAAUGUCACCGAUCAAACAGGAGAGCAUUCCGGGUGUUUGUUCUGCAUCGAGGACCUUAUCUACAGGGACGGGAGAGAAACCCCCGAUUAUGCAGAAAAACUAGUAGUCCAUUUCCACAAACUCCCCGAAGACAAACGUCCGCAAAUCAAAAUAGCAUCAACCUCCGCCAGUGAAACUACCUUCAACGCCCUCACACUAGGAACCCACAAACCUUACUGGAUACUACACCAAGGCAACUGUGAACACUUUUUCGUCAUCGAUCAGAUCAGGCAUGCACCACUCGCCCAUGUUUCAGAUCCGUUAUCAGGUUAUCCAUUGAUGCUCCACCUCACUCCAACGGUCCAAGAUCUCUGCCGUGCUUGCGGGAAAGUCCCAGCCGUACAUUCGAUCGUGGGUGACAUGCGUCUCGGUGAAAGUCCAUGCCUCCUGUGCGCACCUUGUUGGCGGAUGAUGGGUCCUCCUAAAAAUGAUGAAGGCGUGGUGGUUGUACCCCUCGUAAUACCUUUCGUAAAUCACUAA